UUAGAAAGUAACUAUUCCAAACACAGGUCUACUUGUCACUGGUGGAAAUAUAGGCCUAUAUUUAUCCGAAACACUUGCAAAACAUUUAGCUGAGAAAAAUCAGAGUCCAAAUACGAGCCAGGCGUAUUUUUAGAUAUCGAGUAUGUUUAUUGGAAUUGCUUAUCGAUUUCUAACCAAACUAUUCCAUAAACACGGAACACAUGUAUCAAGACACACGUCAUGGUAUAUAGUUGUGCCUAUCUUCAUGACAUUGUUAUCAGCCACAGGAUUACAAAAGUUUUCUCAUGAUCUGAACGAAGAUUCUCUAGUUCCAUCCGGAGGAAUUGUCGACAAGUACAAAUCGUUUCUGAUGAGAUUAUUUUCCGUAGAUCUCGCAUCAAAUUUCGAUCCCGCGAGAUUAUUGUACACCAUUCAUUACGGAACUGUUAUUGUCGAAGCGAGAGACGGAGGCUCGGUUCUACGAGAGUUCGUCUUUCGUGAAAUUGUCACUUUGGAUCGGGAAAUUCAAAAUUUCUUUGUUGAUGAAGACGACGGAUGGAACUACAAAGACAUUUGCGCUAGAAACAAUGGAAAGUGUUACGAAAAUAAAAUUCUUCGUAUAGACAAUAAACUAAAAGCGUUGCAAAACGGAACAUUUCGAUUGAAAUAUCCAAUUGGCGACACGAGCAGAUAUUACGACGUUUUAACUUUGGGUGGCGUAAAAAUGAACGAAGAAGGAUAUAUAAUAUCUGCCAAGGCUGUUAAAUUGUUCUAUUUUCUAGACGAUUCGAAUAAAUGGGCAGAAGAAAGAGCCAUAAAAUGGGAAAAUCAAUUCAUAAACAUCUUAAAUAAGGUGAACUUUUCUUAUAUCAAAAUAAGUAAAGACGUGUUGCUUUCUAGAGAUGAAUCUAAAAAACAACUGUUUCCUGUUACCUUAAAAUAUAUUCCAAGUUCUGUUUUUUUGAUGCUUACGUUUACCGUUGUCAGCUGUUUAUGGCCAGAUUUCCUUCGAAGUAAACCGUGGACCGGAAUCAUGUCUUCGAUAGCCACUGGUAUGAGUCUAGUUUCGGGAUUCGGUUUAUUACAGUAUGCAGGAAUAAGUGUGUCUCCGGUGGAUGCAAUGGUUCCAUUUCUGGUGUUAGCAUAUUAUUAAUCGGAACGUUGUAAUAUUUAAGAUGCACAAAAUCAAC